GAGCAAAUGGAACAGUCGUUAGCGCGUAUAGUACGGAACUCCGUGUGAUGGUCGUGUUUAAUGAGGGGGAAGGAUUUUGCGGGUGCAACUUAAGAGAGAAUGACAACCGGAAGUGGGGUCUGUGCUGGAGGACAGACAUGGCCGGGCGAUGUGUGGGGGUCCUGGUGCGGAGGUCGUGCUCUGGAGCUCCGGGGACUGCGGCGGUGAAGCCGGGAUUCUGGGGGCGGAUGAAGGAGAAGAAGAUGGUGGUUUGGACCAAAAGCCUCCUACGUGACUAUAAGGAGGCCUGUAAGGAUAUAGUAGUGGGAGCCAAGGAGCACCCCGGUAAAGCCGCCACCUAUCUCUCCCUGCUGGCCGGUGUGGGGAUUUGUUCGUCCGCGGCCCCAUCUGAGGAUUCCUUCCGCUCUUCUCUCCUGGAGGCUUCGGCCUCUCUUCUCCUACUUUCCCCUUGGACAAGGAGCGGUAGGUCUGACGGCCAUGUUCAGCGACUCGUUGACCUGAGUAACCAGGGACGUCUGCGGUAUGUUAACCUCCAGGUCUUGUCUCUGGUAUACGAAGCUCCGUAUGACCCAGACUGUGACCUGUACAACACCCAGUGCCCGCACCUGCAGCCCCGCAUCUCUGACUUUCCCAGCCGGGUUCUGGACAUCGGCUUUUUAGGACAGUGGUGGCUCCUGAAGGAGAAGAUGAAGGAGUUUGAUGUCAAUGAAGAAGAGUUCAGCCACCUCCCCCUCAGCAUGAAGACCAUUUCUUAUAAUGAUCUGCACUCGCAGGAGAAUGAACGACUCUACGAGACCAAAUACCGGCCACUUGUGUGUGAGGACCACGAGUGAUAGGAUGGAAUAGAUGGGACUGAUAUAUAUUUAUAUGUAUAGGGACUAUUAUAGAUUAUAUCAUGCAUUGUCCUCAGUGUAUUCUGUGCGGGAUGACGGAGAUACUGUGCACGUUCACACUUGCUGCUUUGGAUUCACUACGGAAAGGCCCAGUGACUUGCAGUCUGUGGCGGUUUCGGUUAGGACGCCAUGACUAUUGCUGCACGCCGUGCCAACGAAACUGAUGAAGCCCGUCAUGGAGUUGCCGGGUGUGGAGGAGCACAUGACUCUGCGAAUCAUAUAAUAAAAAUUUUCCCAACUUUUUGUAUUACA